AUGUUCUUCUCCAACAGAGAAAACAGUACAGCAUCAAAAAGAAAAGCAGCAAAAGCAAACCUACCUGCUGAAAGAAAAACAAAAAGGAAAAUAACUGAUGAAGAAUAUGAAGUGAAGGAAGAAAAUAUAGAAAAAGCUUUAAUUGUGGAACGGGAGGUUUCCCCUUUGGCGAUGAUUACCAAAGAAGUUCCUGCAAAAAAGAAACCAAAGAAAUCAAUUGCUGUUUACAAGGAAAAAGUAGCAGAAGAAGAGGAAGAAAAAACUGGAGUUAGAGGAGGACAUGGAAAAUUCAUCAGUUUCAUUUCCAUGAUGAAUGAACAGAAGAAGGAGGCCGUUCGGAAUAUCGGUCUAGGAGCAUUGCUAGAUUUCCAGCUACCUACUUCAUCCCAACAAUUUGUUACAUGGCUAUGUAACAACUUUGAGGAAAACAGCCAAUAUCUUUAUCUGCCGAAGAAUGAGAAAAUCCUGAUAGAAUUUGAGGACGUGAAAAAGAUAUAUGGCCUUCCUAGCGGUGAAGUAGACAUAGUUGAGGCAAAGUCUGACAAGGCUAGUGAAGAGUUUUCUGCAUUCAUGGCAAGUUGGAAAAAGAUCUUUGGGAAUAAGGUCCCAUCAGUUCAGAAAAUUUUAAAGUACUACAGUCAAGAAGACCAAAUUGAGGCUGGACCGGAUGCAAAUUUCAUUACAAGCUUCUUGGUGGUCACUGUCAACACGUUGAUCAAGAGCACGUUGUCAAACCAAGCAUACUUCAAAUUUUUGUUCUCAAUGAUGAAUCAUGAGCAGAUCCGGAACUUGAAUUGGUGCAAGUAUGUGUGGGAGGCACUGCUCUCAACUACUGCACAGUAUAAGAAAAACCUGAAACAAAAGGACAAAGCAACAUUUUUCACAGGACCAUUGCCGUUAUUGACGAUUUUCUAUUUUGACAGAGUUCAAAGAAUGAACUUUUUUCCUCCAAGACGAAUUCCACUUGUGUCCUGCUGGACAAAGGAAAUAGGACACAAACGGAAUAAAUUGGAGGAAAGUGGCUUUGGAUUGGGGAAGGUGUUACCCAAAAUCAAUAUUGAAGAAAAACAAACUCGCAAGAAAUGAGAAAGGUGACAAAGGAAAAAGACCUCAAAGGAUUCACAAACUACCGGCUGCCUUCUCUUCUCCAUAUUUGGUCAAGUAUCGAGACUUGUUCAAAAAUCUGGACACAAUGCAUCAAAGCCUAGCAGAUUAUGUCUU